UGAAUUUUUAAAUUCGAAUCUCCCUAAUGAUUUUAGUUAAAUCCAAAACUGUGAGGGUGCUUCACAUAUUUUUCUAUGCUAAUAUUACUCAGCAAGUGAUCAAACUCCACAUGGAAAAUUCAAAACCAUCAACAAGAAAUAGUUGGAAGCAAAUACAAGGAGGCUAAAAAGCAACCUGGGCUCUUUUUUUUUUGUUUACAAAAAAGUAAUAUCCUAUAAAGAGUAUUUUUUUUUGAAUCCCACCAAAAUAUCCUUCCAUCCACCUCCUUUUUCCCCACUAUAUAUAACACAUUGUUUUCAGUCUCCUAAUUUCAGAGAGAUGUGAAUCCAAUCUCACUCAAAUCCUUUGUAGUUAAGUUCUCUUCCUUGUCUGUAACUUUCCUAAAACUCCCUCCAAAACCCACCAAGUAAAAAUUCCUUCAACUUCAAGAAAUGGAUACACUAUGCAAGGCUAAAAAGCUUCAAGCCAUUAACACUCACAAGACUCAGUUUCUUCAUAAUAUCAUCUCUCAUUUACUCAUUCCAUUGAUUUGUAGUUUAAUUUGUUUCUCCCCUUACUGGUUUCCUGCUCUUUGUUCAUCCUUCAAGCAAUUUCUGUUUGUAUCCUUCUCCUCCUCCUCCUUUUUCAGCCCCAAGUGGUUGUUUGUAGUUGUUAAUGUCAUUAUAGUGUUUCUUGUUGGAGAAUCACUGCUUGUUGGUUCUCACUCUUCUUCAGCAGCUGAAAUUUAUGAUGAGUAUGUUGAGUGGAGCAGAAGCCUUAGGGGAGUUUCAUUUCCAUCAUCAACUCUUCAAGAAAAAGCAGAGCAGAGCAAAAUGGAGAUGAACUUGAUCAGUCAUGAAGAGAAGAGGGUUACUAGUGUUGAGGAAGAACAAGAUAAAGAGGAAAUCAAACAAGUGAUUGAAUCAUUUAUCAGAGGAUCAGAAGAAGAUAAAGAAGUUGAAGAUGAAAAAGAAGGAGAUGAGGAAGAGAAGGAAGAUGGAGAAGAAGAGAGUGGAUUACCUAGCGAGGAAUUAAAUAAAAGGGUUGAAGAGUUCAUUGCAAGAGUGAAUAAACAAAGGUGGGUUGAAGAAGCCAGGUUAUUAGUCUCUUCAUAGAUUCAAAUUGUAUUAUUUCUUAUCAUUUUUUACAUCUUAGGUGUUAUGCAUUGAAAAGGGACAUUGGACUUAGGGUUGUAAUUAUUGGUAUUUCUUAAGGCAGUGGAUAUGAAAUUUGAAGGGAAUAUAUUUAGCUUUCUUUUUCUUUUUUUCUCCA